AUGGAGACGAGCGAUACAAGAGGUGCCCAUCAUCUUGCAGGCAAACACAUCAUAGUCGCCGGUGCUGGUGUCGCUGGUCUAGCAUUCGUGCGCGCACUUGCUCGCAGCUGGCCGUCUGAUAUCGACCCACCACGGGUCUCGCUGUACGAGCGAGAUGACCGCACAAUCCCGCCUGAGAGGUGGGGCUACUCACUGGGUAUGCGUAGCGACAAAGCGUCUGGCGGUCUACAGGCACUGCGAAAGCUCGGCCUUCUAGACGAGACAAUCCAAGCCAGCAGUGCAGUACUCAAUCCGAGUUGCCACUUCCAGCUUCGAGAUGCUCGUUGGCGAACGUUCUUCAACAAGACGAGUCCACGAGUGCCUCCGGAUGGUCUUCCCAUUGACAGAUUCCGCGUCGCCAGAAGCAAGCUGCGGCAAGUCCUAGUGGAUGGCUUGCCGAAGAGUGCAGACGCGCACUGGCGAGUAGCUUGCGAGUCAGCAGUGCGACUGGACGACGGCAGGAUACAAGUCCCGCUCAGUGAUGGCUCCGUUGACACUUGCGAUCUGCUGAUAGUAUCGGACGGAGCCAACAGCAAGAUUAGAGCUGCCCUCCGACCUCACGACAAGCUGAGCUUCGCCGGCGCCGUCAUCAUAUCAGCGAUCUCGAGCUUCCCGAAGCACAGUGUACCAAAGGAAGUACGAGAGGGCUCUGGACCCGUUGUCAGCGGCGAAGGCACCAACUUGAUAACUUUCCCGAUCGACGAGACGAGUGUGUCAUGGUCGGUCACCUACCGAGCAGCUCAGCCUCGACCAGAAAUGUACGGUAAAGAGGCAGAGGCCGCUCAGGGCGAGCUACUCAACGAGGCGCAAUCCCGUGGACACGCCUACGCGGACCCGUUCAGCCAAAUUAUUAAUGCUUCCAACCCAUCCACGCUGAAGGUAUUCAAUGCGAUGGUGAAGGAGCCAAUAACCCAUAUGGAGAUCUCAACCAACCCAGUCGUAUACAUCGGUGACAGUAAUCAUGCUGCCAGUCCUUUCGCCGGCAACGGAGCCAACUUGGCACUCAUGGACGGCGUCGAGUUGGCUGAAGCGCUUCUCAGUGCUUCAGACAUCGAAUCUGCCGUGACCGCAUUUGAUGCGAUAGCCGUUCCCAGAGCCAAAGGCAUAUGCAAGUCAGCCGGGUUCAUGAUACGGGCAUUACACUCGACUGGAUGGGAACUGUGGUUCUGGAUGACGUUUCUAGGAUUGCUGAACGUGGUCUUACAGGGGUUGGGUCGGUGA